CCAUUGUCACAACGCAAACAAUCUCCCUAAAUCACAGUGCAGCAGCCUCUGGUUCGUCUCAGUUCAGUUCGCCUGACAUGCCCAGCAGCAAAGCGAGCCCGGGCGCCCGCGGGCCAUGGAGCGACGGCGAGACGUCGGCUCUCGUGGACGCCUGGGGCCCGCUGUACCUCCGCCGCGACCCAGACCCCCUCGGCGUGGAGGACUGGCGCGUCGUGUGCAGCGCCGUCAACGCCCAGCGCGCCGCCGAAGGUUGCCGCUUCAACCGCACCCUCGUCCAGUGCCAGAAGCGCGUCUACACUCUCAAGGACCAGUACAUGAAGGAGCUCGCCAAGGGGCGGCCGGCGUCGGGGUGGCGCCACUUCGCCCGGCUCCGGGCCUUCCUGGCCGCCUCGCCUCCUGGCUUCGUUGGCAAGAGGCCGGCGGCAUCCGUCAAGAAGGAGAAGGCCGCCAAGACGCCGACGGCAUCGUCCUUCAAGAAGGAGAAGGCCGCCAAGACGCCGACGGCAUCGUCCUUCAAGAAGGAGAAGGCCGCCAAGACGCCGACGGCAUCGUCCUUCAAGAAGGAGAAGGCCGCCAAGACGCCGACGGCAUCGUCCGUCAAGGAGGAGGAGGAGGUGCAGGAGGCGAGCCCCGGCUUCCUGGCAACGAUGCCGGCGACCGUCAAGAAUGAGGAGGUGGUCGGCUGUGGUUGUGAGUUGGUUGGGAGAGCGAGGUGUUGUCCGGGGGCGGUGGUGACGAAGCUUGCGGGGGUGUAUGAACGCGUGCAGAUGAGGAGGCUCAACGUCGAGGAGAAGAGGAUGGAGAAGAUCUCAUGUUGCAGCCUGGGACACAAGAAGAUGAAGAUCGAGAAUCCGGAGGAAACUGACGGCAACUAACUUUUCUCAUGACGCAGCCACGCAGGGGUUUGAUGCAUGCAUUGUUUGCUGAAAUAUCCAGAGCAGUGUUUUUUUUUUCUAUUUUGCGAAAUCCGGAGUAGUGUUGCUAUACUCUAUCUUGUUCUAUCUCUCUAAAAAAAGUGUACCUUGUUCUACACUUAAUUUAAUUAUUACUGGGACUGUGAUUGUACUACCAUCUAU